AUGGUGCUAGAACUCUACUUAGACCUCCUCUCCCAGCCCUGCAGGGCGGUCUACAUCUUUGCCAAGAAGAACAACAUCCCUUUCGUUGUGAAAAACAUAGAGAUGCUUAAAGGGCAGCAUUUCAGUGAAGAAGUUAACAAGGUGAAUGUCCUAAGGAAAGUACCAGUUCUGAAAGAUGGCGAUUAUACUUUAGAGGAGAGCACAGCCAUCCUUCUAUAUCUGACCCGCAAGUACAAUACACCCAGUCACUGGUACCCCCCUGACAUGAAGAAGCGAGGUCGUGUCGAUGAAUAUUUGGCCUGGCAACACUGCACCAUCCGACCAAGUGCUUCUAAAAUCUUAUGGCUCAAGGUGGUGAUCCCUCUCUUCUUAGGUCAGCAAACACCCCCUGAGAAGCUGCAAGAUGCGAUCGAUGAUCUGAAUGGUUCCUUGCGGAAGCUGGAAGAUAAGUUCCUGCAAGAUAAGCCCUUCAUUGUUGGCACUGAAAUCUCCCUGGCUGACCUGGUGGCUAUUGUGGAGCUCAUGCAGCCCCUAGGUGCUGGAUGGGAUAUCUUCGAGAACCACCCUAAACUCCUAGAGUGGCGCAGGAGGGUUGAGGGUACUGUGGGGAAGGAGCUCUUCAUGGAAGCGCACGCGCGGAUCCUGAACACCAAUGAACUGAAGAACCUGUGCGUCGCAGCCCCACUGCAAACUCAAAUGAAGCCCAUGCUGCUGAAGAUGCUGAAAUAA